UCUGGUGGUGCCUCAGGCCAGGGCCUUCUGCUUCAGUCUAGGUCUUGACUUGAGUCUUGGUCCCAGUCCCAGUCUCUCAGUCCAGUCGGUCUUCUAUAGCGGUCCAGCUGCAGCGGGUUGCAGGCCGAGUCGCGGCGGUCCUGUCAGCACCUACGUGGCCCAGCCCGCCUCCGAGAACUCUUUGGGUGAAGAUCAUGGAGUCGCUACCGGACGAGGUGCUGGUGAUGGUGAUGCGGCACGUGGCCGUGACGGACCUGUUCUCCCUCCGCCUGGUGUGCAAGAGGUUCGCGGGCCUAGCGCUGCACCCGGACGCGUGGCGGUACCAGCGGCUCAACGGCAACUCGCCGCGGUCGCGGCCGGACGCGGUGCUGCGCAUCGCGCCUUGCCUGGCCGAGCUGACCGUAACGCUGCCGGCGAGGGACCGGCCGUCGUACCACUGGACCACGUGCGCCGUGGAGAGCCUGGUGCUGAACGACUACACCCGCAGCAGCGCGGCCUAUGGCGGGCACCGCGCCUCUCAGGUGAUCCGCAGGCAGGCGGAGCUCGGCCGCCUCAGGCGCCUCUCGGUCAACUUUCAGUACUUUGUGUCGUUGCAGUCCUGGCAGACGGUAGGGUCAACGUCUGGUUUGAAAAAGCUGGAAGUUCGCGGGUUCUCUCCACGAAUAACUGGCGACCCAGGCAUGCAGGCGCCGCCUUCGUCCCUCGAGGUCUUCACGUGCGGCUCAGGUGGCUCGCGCGAGCAAACGACGUUCUUUAUUGACUUCAUCCUGGCCGCGCACGCCGCCACCCUCCGUGAGGUCAAUCUCCGCUCAGUCUUCAUUCCAGCCCCGGCGUCGACGGCACCCCUGCUGGCGGCCAUUAAGGGCCUCCAGAAACUGCAAAGCACCCUGCUUCCCGGGCUGGAGGCCGUGGCGGCUUGCGAGUCGCUGAGGAGGCUCCACUUAGUCGUGAGCAGGCACUGCCAUGAAAGCGCGCCGGCCGCCGAGCUACUGCGGCGCGCCUUGCACCUCCAUGAGGUGGGGUUGGUUUUCUACCCGGGGGGCAUCCCGGACGUGGAGGUGGACGUUGCCCUGGACCUCCUCGGGGCGCUCUCGUCGGUGGGCUCCCGCGUGGAGGUGAUCGCUCUCUACCUUAGCAGUCGGUCCCUGCCGGACGAGCACUUCCAUCUGCUGCAGCCGCUGCUGGCCGCGCUGCCCUCGCUGCGGCACCUGCGCCGCCUGGUCGUGAGCAACGUGCCGGACGACCUGCUCCUCGCCAUCAACCCCGAAGUCGCGCCGGCGCUGAGGACGCUCGCCACGGACCUGACGGUGGCGACCUGCGCCCACGCCUGGAUCCACAGGGACUCGGUGAGGACCGUCAUGUGGCUGAACCCUCUGCUUCACGUGGAGGUGACAUCAUUCCUGGUGGUCUGCGGCGACCUGGACGCCUGCGAGGUCUGCCUCCUGGACUACUACUCCGUGCUGAGCGAGGGUUGUCGGCGCCGGGAGCAGCCUAAGAACAACCCUCUCUCUAUUGGGCUCUACUCCCAUGACCCUGGCGACACAUGUGCGACGGUCCACAAAGCCGCUGGCUUCGUGUGGAUUAGUGUGCCCGCGCUGCGUCAGCUGCAGCACUUGCACGUGCGUCACGCGUCGGACGCGCUCCUCCUGGCCAUCACCCCCGACGUCGCCCCGCUGCUGAGGACGCUCACCACUGAGCUGCCGAGGGACACCUGCGCCCACGCCUGGAUCCACAGGGACCCGGUCAAGAGCGCCAUGUGGCUCAACCCUUUGCUUCAUAUCGAGGUGAAGUCGAAUCGAGCCAAGAGCCUGCCAACGCCAGGAAAUUAA